CUUCUCGGGAUCCUUCCUAGUCCUCAUCUCCCUCACCUCCCCGGUCCUCUCCUCCGUCGCCUCUCUCCUCACCAUCUUCCUCGUCGCCAUCGUCGACUGGCUCCGAACCGGCCAACCCCUCUCCAAAUCCUCCAUCAUCGGCGGCAUCCUCAUCAUCGCAGCCUUCUUCCUGCUCAGCUGGAGUACCUACCGCGAAAUGAACGAGGAGAGGAAAAAGUCCAUCGAAAACGAACAAGUCGAAUCCGACAGCGACGA